CCGCUGUCGUCUCCUGCAGGUUUGGCGUUUGCUGUGUUGGAGCGAGCGGCGUUGGGGAUUGUUAAGUGUUCGCGCGUAGACGGCUCGUCUGAUUGGUCGCGCUUGGCGACGACGAGGGGGGGCGAAUAUGAAAACCCCCCGUCAUCGCGGCAGAGCAUGUCCUGCGGUUGGUCCGAUGCGUUGACUGGAACCAACAGAGCCGUCUGUGAAUUGGUCUUGUCUGCAAGGAGUUUAGAUAUUCAUAUAGCUAUCAUGAUGUCCUUCUGUGUACAUGUUCUGAUCGAGUGGUAUUUCCUUGAGUUGUUGGUCUCUGUCUUGCUUGGAUUUCCUUUGAUACUACGAAAUUUCUCUCUACAUCUCUUUAGUUCUCUACAACCGCACUCACUUGGAGGUCACUUUUUAAUCUAAUCAUACACAACAUGGCCUCACGUAGGAGCUGGCGGAGGCUAUGCAUGAUAACCUGGUUUAUCUACACCCAGAGCUUGGUUUCCGGAUUGCAAAUCACGCCCCUCUCGCCGCCAACAUACAACCUUUAUAAUGUCAACCACCAACUUACACCAAGAGCAACAUCACGAGCCGACGCCAGCUGCCCCGUAAAAGGCCACACGGCCUGCGGCAACGGCCUGGCAGACUACUUUUGCUGUUCCAGCGAAACAACAUGCAUGGUCCUCGCAGAGAAGACCACCGCUCUGUGCUGCCCAAAUGGAUCUUCUUGCGACACCAUCUCGCCCAUCACCUGCGACGUCACCUUGCAAGAUGUAAUCGAGAACCCGACGAGCCCGAUCCACACCACAAGACUGAAAGAGUCUCUACCACUAUGCGGAUUCAAGUGUUGUCCGUUUGGGUAUACCUGCCGAGACGGUUCUGCCUGCGUCUUGGAUGACGGCCAGGAACAAGAGGGGUCUCGGACUACGAGCACCUCAGUCUCAUCUGCAAAGACAAGAACAAGGACCGCUACAAGUACGCUUUCAACAACGGCUACCCAGGCAGCGACAUCGACGACAACCGUCGAGACAGUUCCAACUGCCUCGCCAACACCAUCCGCAAACCCAGGCGAUAACUCCCCGACCCCAUCAGCAGUACCAUCCCCCUCAGAAACCGAGAUCCCCGCCCCCGCCGCUGCAGCCGCCUCCCCGAGAACCUCAACAUCAGGCGUCAUCAUCGCAGGCACCACCGUCGCAGCCAUCACCUCGGUAGCAGGCCUAACAUGCCUCCUCUGGUUCAAGCGACGCUCCAUAUCCGAAACCGUCGGAUCCGCAAAGUUCCCGCGCCCCUGGCAACAGCUCCGCGAGCACGGCUCGGACCAGGACGUCUCGCUGCCGCGGUAUAAUUCCCCGCCGCCGGCGUACGCCGUGGAGAUGAAGCCGCCGUUGGCGAAGCCGUAUACGUGGAAACACUACAGCCCGGACUCCUUCAGCCGCGACCGCUAUGACGGCCGCGACGUUGACGACGGUAGUGUCCCUGUCCCAGUGUCCGUUGGACUUGCUCUCGCCGUGGAGUUACCCGCUACGCCGGUAUCCUUUAGCCAGUGGCAUGUUCGGCAGGAAGGGGAGGCGACGAGGCCGCGGUCUCAUUAUGAGCCCUACCGGCGUCCUUCAUAAUUGGGAAUGUCUUUGUAAAAAAAAACCUUAGUUUUGUCUUGGGUGGUUCGGCUUUCUUCUUCGAUAGAUCAAAAUUUGUUUUACCGUCUUUUCUUUGUGUUGUAAAGCUUGCGCUUGUCGAGCAGAUACCUUUAUGAGAAAUAUGAGACACGUUUUCUGUACACUACUACGGGAUAUAGGAAGGAAAAUAUAGAACAGGAUCACGAGUUCGUUUG